AUGGCGAAUUCAGUGGAGAUCCCACAAGAUAUCAUCGACAAUGUCAUUGUGGCACUUGGCGACGACAAGCGUUCACUCAAGCAAUGUGCCCUGGUUUCUUCCUCGUUCCUUCGCCCAAGUCGCAAGCAGCUGUUCUACAGCAUCAGUUUCGGAUCCAACGUUGAAGCUUGCGCCAAGCUUCAUCAAGCCCUCGUCCAAAAUCCAGUCAAUCGAUCCUUUGUACGAAGGAUGUCUGUUAAUAACCAACAUUAUUGGGUUUCCCAUUUUGACGACUCAAUACUUUCCAUUGUCCAACUCCCGUUCUGUCACCUGGAGGAACUUUCGCUCGCCAACGUGAUGUGGGGUCGCUUUAGCGGUGAACUGAGCGAUGCGCUCUUUACUCUGAUACAUUCACCCACCCUCAAAUUCCUCUACCUCAUACAAGUCCAGAGUGUACCACUUACCCUCUUCCAUGGCAUUGUCCAUCUUAGGAAAUUGUAUCUACAGGACGUCUGGUUCGAUUAUUAUGCUGCCGAGCAGCCACGCUCGCUGACACCUAAGGGAGUCGCGACAACCUCAUCUCAUGCGGUGGUUGACCAUUGUGAAUGGUCUUUCUGGGAUCCAACGGCAAUGAUGAGCCCUUCGAUUAUGUUUCGUUUUAUUCUGAUUUACGCUGCGAUCCUGUUUGGCGCAAUCUGGACUCCAUUGUAA